AUGACAGCUGCUCGAGCUGCCAUUCGCCGAGGGCUUGCGAUCUCCCCGAGAGUUCAAUCUUUAUUCCAGAACUUUGAGUUAGAGUGGCUUGCCUCUACUAUUGCUAGCACAAAUGGAGCCGUUGGAAAGUACCUGCAACCGAUACCCCACCUUGGACAAACUGGCACAGAAGUAUACGCUCGUUCUAGUGACGUACAGCAUCACGAUGGGAGCCAAGAGGGCGAUGUCGAUGAUAGUGAUGAGACAAACGAUGAGGACAGUGAAGACGGAAGCGAAGAUGGCAGCGAAGAGGAGAUUGAAGACAACAGUGAUAAAGACGAUGACAGAGAAGGGCAUGAAGCUGACAGUGGAAGGGAUCCAGAGGAGGGCCGCGGUGAAACUAGUAGCAACAUCGGUACUCACAGCGAUGGAGUUGGCGACGCCAGCACCAAUAAUCGUGGCCAUGUCGCGUCGAGUAAUGAUUUUGAGGCGCUACAUAAGAAUCAGAAAGGGAGCGCGAAUGAGAGCAACGAUACACAUCCCACGAACAAGAUCAAUUCUAAGGCACAGACAGUCAUGAUCUUGCGGUCUCACUUUGAUGUGGAAGACAUCUGUAUCGGCGUUACGGAUGCGAACCGCGGUGAAAGUAGCUUACAAACCAUCGGCUUCUUCCUGAACUUGCUACCCCUUCGCUUCAACGUCCAGAAAGAUGUGAAGUUCUCAGAUCUUGUCGCAAAGACAGCCCAACACUGUCGAACAGCGCAAGCCAACAUGGAAGUUCCUUUUGAUGUCAUCCUGGACAAAGCAAAUGUUGUUCGCGAGCCAACUAGUACCCCAAUCUUCCAAGUGGCCAUCAACUAUCGACAAGGAAAGUUCUCCAAGAUCCCACUUGGUGGAAGAAACCUUGAGUUCAAGGAUGGCAUUGAGGCUCAAAGUCCUUACGAUCUUGCAUUCAGUAUUACGCCUAACAACGACACGACUUAUGUACAAAUUGUUGCAAGAGAGGAUCUGUAUACAAGAGAAGGGACCGACACCCUCUUAUCAGCAUACAUGGCACUACUGCACGAUGCAUCGCGAGAUGUGAGCAAGUGCCUGGGAAGCAUCAACCUUUACGAUCAAGUCGGCAUCGACAAGGCACUAUCGCUUGGGUACGGGGAUGUCGUGGACUACGAUUGGCCCUCGACGCUAACAGAAAAGGUGGACGAGACUAUCAAGAGGUACCCUCAUGAUGUCGCUGUCAAAGAUGGCACUAUUCAACUGACCUACGGAGAGGUUGCCGCCAAGGUCAACGGCCUUGCCUCUAUCAUCCAGUCUUAA